CUCCGGGUUGUGUCGCCUCUCGGGUUUUCUGAAAAGUCCCUCAACAAGUCCCUCAUGAAAAGGAAAGGCACCUUGUGAAGUUGUUAAUCAGUGCCUCACCCUCACCUGAGAUGUGAAUUGUGACGCAGGAAGUUGGUGGGUGUGUGAGCCUCGGCAGUCAGCAGACGGCAGGUGAGUUUGUUGACAUCCUGCUGCUGCUGCUGCUGCAUCCGGCUGUGAAGGUGCUGUGUGCUAUGCUGUGUGCUGUGUGCUGACCCGCUUCUCCAGCUAGUCUGGCCCAACCACCAUGUACUGCUACACCUCAGUGUCACUUGGCGCAUGGAAGUGUGGGAAUAGUGUAUAAGGUGUGAAGGAGCAUUGUAGGAGGGAUGGCAGGUGUGGCAGUGAGCUUGGCAACGGGUGUGUGGUGUCGUGGUGCCCUCGACCCCACGCUUCUCUUGGCGCUGCGGCACAACUGGCCUGGGACUUGCUUGAGGCUGGGUGGCAGGAGGGGCCUGGCAGGGGGGCUGUGGGUGCCAGACACUCCUCGUCACCGGGACAGAGGUUUCCUCCAGCCUCGAUUCAUUUGUGUUGCAGAGUGUCGCCGAGGACAGCAUGGGGCCCAACCAGUGGACACAACCUCGCUGCCACCAGCCACCAAGCCAGGCAGGACAGCAGCAGCAGCAACAUCCAAGCUGCAGCCGCCAUCCACAUCUGAGAUGAGGAGACUCUUUGCCCUCGCCAAGCCUGAGCGCUGGACUCUUGCAUAUGCCAUUGGGCUUCUCUCAGUAUCCAGCACCAUCACCAUGUCUGUGCCCUUCGCUCUCGGCCACGUCAUUGACCUCAUCUACACAGCCGACGGGGGCCAGGCCUUGAGUGGUGGCCUGCAGCGGGUGUGUCUGGCCCUCACUGGUGUCUUCCUUACUGGGGCAGCCGCAAACUUUGGCAGGGUGUACCUCAUGAAUGUGGCAGGGCAACGUAUCACCAAGUCCCUGCGAGUGUCAGUCUUCUCAUCUAUCAUGCACCAAGAGACGGCCUUCUUCGACCACACCAAGACAGGCGAGCUGGUCAACAGACUCUCCGCCGACACUGCGCUUGUCUCUCAGGCCGUCACUGCCAACAUCUCUGACGGCCUGCGCUCCACUGUCAUGGCCCUGGCUGGUGUGGGCAUGAUGUUCUACAUGUCCCCUGAGCUGGCCAUGGUGGGUUUGUCCAUUGUCCCUCCCGUGGCCUUGUCUGCUGUCUUCUACGGCCGGUAUGUCAAGAAUAUUACCAGGAAGGUCCAGGACACUCUGGCAGCAGCAACCCAGGUGGCUGAGGAGCGUAUUGGCAAUGUCCGGACAGUGCGAGCGUUUGGCAGCGAGGCAAGGGAGGUGCAGAGGUACCAGGCGAGGGCGGAGGAGGUGCUGCAGAUGACUUACCGCGAAUCCUUUGCCCGAGGAGUCUUCUUUGGUCUGACUGGGCUGAGCGGCAAUAUAAUCAUCCUGUCUGUGCUGUACUAUGGUGGUGGGUUGGUGACAGACUCGGCACUCACUGUGGGCCAGCUAUCGUCCUUCCUGCUGUACGCCGCCUAUGUCGGCAUCGCGCUGGGGGGCCUGUCCAGCUUCUACUCCGAGAUGAACCGCGGCCUUGGAGCGUCCACCAGGCUAUUCCAGCUGAUGGACAGAAAGCCAGGGAUGCCAAUGUCUGGAGGUAUCCAGCUUCCUCCUGAAUCCUUCCGUGGUGAGGUCAACUUCUCAGGUGUGGAUUUUGCCUACCCAACACGACCUGACACAGCCAUCUUCAAGGGGCUUAACCUCAGUGUGCCAGCAGGCAGUGUGGUGGCAGUUGUGGGGUCCAGUGGGUCAGGCAAGAGCACUAUUGGGUCACUGCUGCUGCGCCUCUAUGACCCUCAGGCCGGGGAGGUCACUGUGGAUGGCAUGCCGUUGACCCAGCUUGACCCAACGUGGCUGAGGUCAAUGAUUGGUUCUGUGAGCCAGGAGCCAGUUUUGUUCUCCACCACCAUCCGAGAAAACCUUCUGUACGGUGUGGCGGAGAGCGCAGCAGUGACAGAGGAAGCCCUGCUGGCUGCGGUGAAGGAGGCCAACGCGCUGGGCUUUGUGCAGUCCUUCCCCGCCGGCCUGGACACGCUGGUGGGAGAGCGCGGCAUCAUGCUCUCCGGUGGGCAGAAGCAACGCAUUGCCAUUGCCCGGGCCCUCAUCACCAACCCACGCAUCCUCCUCCUUGAUGAGGCCACCAGUGCCCUGGAUGCAGAGAGUGAGAACCUGGUGCAGGCAGCACUGGAGAGGCUCAUGGAAGGCCGCACUGUCAUCAUCAUUGCACACCGACUUUCCACCAUCAAGAAUGCCAGCCAGAUAGCCGUGCUGGACAAGGGAGUGGUGGUGGAGCUGGGAUCCUACUCCCAGCUCAUGGCCCUCCCUGGUGGAAUGUUCCGCAAGCUGGUGGAGCGGCAGACCAUCACCAGCUGAGCCUGCCACGUGUCGGCCAGUGCUUUGAGUAGUGCCAACGAGAUGUGUCGGUUCCCAUCGUGCAAAGAGGAGGGUGUGAAGCUUGGCAUGGAGUGCAGUGUAGGGUGUAGCCCCAUAGAAACACGUUCAGUUUGAAGAUGAGGAGGCUCUUUGUGUCCCGUGUCCUGUGUGGCUGUGUUUGGAUUGGAAUGAGUGGUCUAGUGACAGCUGCUGAGGCAAGUGUGUGACAGAUAUUCAGUUUUGGUGUAUGUGUGUUAGCAGACUUUAAAAGAACCUUGGAAUGAGGAAUGAGGGGUUAGGUAAUGACACGAUACCUCUACUUCAGGACUGAAUGGCAGGAAACUAUGAAAACUAAGGCCACUUCAAGAUAAUUCAGUACAUGUUAUGCAUAAAUCUUAGCAGUAAAUAAUUACCUAGAUUUCAUCAUGUGCUGUAUUGACUCACUUGUUUCUGAGUGGCCCUGGUGGAUGACUCUGUGUUGUGUUCUCAUUAGUAGAGUUGCCUUUGAAGUGAAUACUCAGCCAGAGAGAAUAUGGAGAUGUAUUCUAGAUAUUCAUGACUCAGGGAUGAAUUGUACUCAGUAAGAGCAAGAGUAUGAGUGUAGUAACUGUCUGAAUGUGUGUGUGUGUGUGUGUGUGUGUGUGUGUGUGUGUGUGUGUGUGUGUGUGUGUGUGUGUGUGUGCGCAUGUGAGUGGUUAGUUGAGUUAGAGAAAAACAAGAUGAGUAGAAAAUGGAGUAGCUGAGUCUCAGAAAGUCACAGUCAGCAGUGAGUCAGUAAUGAGUGGUCCCUUGCAUCAAGUGAGUCAGUACAGUGCUAGCAGGGUGUGUCAUUGUGUCAUUGAUAAGCCACAGUGUGUCACAGUAACAAAAAAUCCAGGUUCUUAGAAACUAAACAUUUGCUUACUGGAAAAGUAUGAGAUAUUGAAUAGAUUAGUGUGUUUCCUGAUGCACUAUAAAAAUUACAGUUGAGUUACCUAGUAAUUAUAUAGAAAUUCCUCAAGUAUUAAGUAACUAAUGGAUUUUCAAGUAUGAUAUUGAGAUACAGAAUUCAGUGUUCUCUCAGGUGAUGAAGCAAGAAUAGCAUCACAGUUAGUUGACAGUGAUGGAGGGUGGGUGGUGGUGCUCUCCUCUGUGCUGCUCCUUGGGAUUGUUUGUGUGUGACACCUUCCCAAGCCUUCCUUUAUGCUGCUUCCUCAUGCCUUUGUUUGCCCCCAUGUGUGACUGUCUUGUUGCACACACCACUUCAAACUGCUAAAGGAGAGAUGGGAAAGCAAGCUAUUUCUAUCUUUAUGAAUGGGGUGCUAGUACACAAAGGCCUGUGAACUGUAGCUGCUUAAUUAUGGCAUCAAAUGUUAAGGCUGAGAUGCUGCCGAGAGGAAGGAGCCACAGAGGAGGUCAUUUCCUUCUGUUCUCCCCUUGUAGUCAAGUCUCGUGAUGCACAGGAGCUGCCCAUGUUGUCACUUUUUACGAUACAUGGCAAAGCUAUUGAUCACGUUUUGAAGGUUGCUGCAAAAGAGUGUUACACAUGACUUGCGUGUUCCUGCAGCAGACCAAGCCAGUGUGAGUUUGUAGGAAUUCCAUGCUAAUUUUCUCCCCCUUUCAUUGGCUUGUACUUUUGCUGAGAAGCUUUAACAUUAUUUAAACCCUGUCUAGAAGAUGUGAUUGGCACAGAAACUUGCCAAAAAGAAUUCACUCUUCGGGGGAAAUUUUAUUCUACAGUAUGUAUUGCACUCUUAAGGAAAUUUGUGUUGUAUGUUUG